GGAGUUGGAUGGUGAAAAAAAGCUUGGGAAGGCGUUUGGAGACAGAACCCCGUUGCCGGCCCCAGCGAAAGGAUCCUCCCGCGGGAGUCGCGAAACUUUGCGGCCGGGGCCGGCGGAGCGAAGCGGGGCCGGGCGGCGGAGCGGUGCCGGGCGCGGGACGCGGGGCGCGGGGCGGCGGGGCCGCUCCGAUCCUGACGCGGCGGGGCGGCCCUCUCCCCUCUGUGCUCGCAGGAGGAACCGCGGGUAGGCUCCACGCCUCUGGCCAUGCUCGCUGCGACCUGCAACAAGAUCGGCAGCCCCAGCCCCUCGCCGUCCGCCCUCUCGGACAGCGCGUCCUCCUUCGGCAAAGGCUUUCACCCCUGGAAACGCUCCUCCUCUUCGGCCUCGGCGAGUAGCUGCGGCGCCGUGGGCUCCGGCCUCCCGGGCUUCGGUGUGGCGGGCGCGGCGCGAAACGGCUCCUCAGCGGCGGCGGCGGCGGCAGCGGCAGCGGCGGCCGCCCUGGUCUCGGACUCGUUCAGCUGCGGCGGCUCGCCGGGCUCCAGCGCCUUCUCUCUCACCUCCAGCAGCGCGGCGGCCGCCAGCUCGCCCUUCGCCAACGACUACUCCGUCUUCCAAGCGCCGAGCAGCGCCGGCGGCGGCGGCGGCGGCGGAGGCGGCGGCGGAGGGGCGGCGGGACAGGAGGCGGCGGCGCACCAGCCCGUCUUCAUCUCCAAGGUGCACACGUCGGUGGAGGGGCUGCAGGGCAUCUACCCGCGGGUGGGCAUGGCGCACCCCUACGAGUCCUGGUUCAAGCCGUCGCACCCGGGGCUCGGUGCCGGCGAGGUGGGCUCGGCGGGCGCCUCCAGCUGGUGGGACGUGGGCGCCGGCUGGAUCGACGUGCAGAGCCCCAACGGGGCGGCCGCGUUGCCCGGCUCGCUGCACCCGGCGGCCGGCGGACUCCAGACCUCGCUCCACUCGCCGCUGGGCGGCUACAACUCGGAUUACUCUGGCCUGGGCCACUCGGCCUUCAGUAGCGGCGCCUCCCCGCACCUCCUCAGCCCCGCCGGGCAGCACCUCAUGGAUGGAUUUAAGCCGGUGCUGCCCGGCUCUUACCCGGACUCGGCCCCCUCGCCGCUGGCCGGCGCCGGGGGCUCCAUGCUGGGCGGUGGCCCCGCCGCGCCGCUGGCCGCCUCGCCGCGCUCCUCCGCCCGCCGCUACUCGGGACGCGCCACCUGCGACUGCCCCAACUGCCAGGAGGCCGAGCGGCUGGGGCCGGCGGGGGCCAGCCUGCGCCGCAAGGGUCUGCACAGCUGCCACAUCCCCGGCUGCGGAAAGGUCUAUGGCAAAACCUCGCACCUGAAGGCGCACCUGCGCUGGCACACGGGCGAGCGGCCCUUCGUCUGCAACUGGCUCUUCUGCGGCAAGCGCUUCACCCGCUCCGACGAGCUGCAACGGCACCUGCGGACCCACACGGGCGAGAAGCGCUUCGCCUGCCCCGUCUGCAACAAGCGCUUCAUGCGCAGCGAUCACCUCAGCAAGCACGUCAAGACCCAUAGCGGCCCUGGAGGCGCCGGGGGCCCCGGCGGCGGCGGCCCCGGCGGUGGUCCCGGCCCCGGCGGUAAGAAGGGCAGCGACACCGACAGCGAGCACAGCGCGGCCGGCAGCCCGCCCUGUCACUCCCCGGAGCUGCUGCCGCCCCCCGAGCCCGGCCACCGCAACGGCCUGGAGUGACGGGCGGAGGCGCGGGGCCGUCGCGCCCCUCGGUCCGCCGCCCUCCCGGCCGCGCAGCGCCCCCGGGCGCGCAGCCCUGCGGCGGGGACGCGGACACGUAAGUAGCCGCCGCGGCUCCGCAAGAACCGCUCUCAGCCUCGCGGCCGCUCCGCUGCCCGUCCAGAGCCCCGCCCGGGCCGGGCGGUGCGGCCGGGCCGCGCAACCCCCGCGGCGGGGGCAGGGGAGCGUUUGGGCAAGGGGAGGGAGCCGCGACCCGCUGUGGGGCGGCCGAGCCGCCACCUCCUUUCCCCUUCGCCUUGAGACGCCCCCGCCUCGUGUUGCUUUUAGAGAGGACCCCCCCUCCUUCUCGUCCCCUCUCGCUUUCCCGCUGGAAACCGGCCCGUCCCCUCUCCCUCAGCCAUUAGAGCCGGUACAGACGCGGCGCCCCUGCGGGGCGGGCGUGC